UGUACAAUUCCUAAGAAUCAAGGCUUAUGAAUGCACCGGCGAAGCUUCAAGGAGAACAGCUCACUUAUAGAGAAUGUGACAUGGUGGACUUGUGUUACGUCGGACCAUCACCCUAGACAACAGCAAGACAACGCUGAUCCGUAUGAAGGAAACAUGGAAUUUAAUUCCGAUGAAGAGAUGCUCCCAUUGGAAGAUCACCGAAAUAACCCUCAUGAUGUGGACAUCUGUCAUGGAGUUGCGAACUGUUCUUAUAAUGUGAUUGUCCAUCCACAAAGAGACGACGACGACGACGUGCCUCUGCUGCAAGCAACAUCAGAAGACGACCCUUUGAUCCAGCAGGCUGAUGAUGCUUUCUUAUUUGGUGAUGGAACUUGCUGAAUUUGUCACAACAGUGAAAGACUGGUUGGUAAUGUCGGUUAUGGCUUGAAUACGCCACUGAAUAUGCAUUAUUAUCUUAGUAAUAAAAUUACUUUUACCAUCCUCAGAAAAUGUGCAUUUGAUAUAAUUAGGCAAAACAUGGAUGCUGUCCCAACUUUACAGUUUGACAUUGAUAACUUGCCUUCCCCUCCAGUCACAGCGUUUCGGCUUCUUUGAUUAGCAUCUCUAUACUCUUGUGUUUGUUUGUUCUCAUCAUUGUUCUUUUACCUGUUUAAAUGUUGCUUCUAAAAAUGUGAUCUGGCCCAUCUAUUAACUGCUGUAAAAAUGUUAAAUAAAGAUUUCCCUUCAGCUGACAUUCAGUUUUACAUAUAUCUGAUGGCCAUCAAUGUUUUCAAAUGUUCAUACUACAUGUAUAUAAUCUUUCGAAAUAAUUUCACUUCUAAAACAGACCUUUCGCAUCGUACCAUAAUUGAUAAAUAUAAAUCCAUAGGAGUGUGUCUGUUUGUUAACUGAAUAAUGCUUGUAGGACUCACUUACUUAGCAUAAAGUUGUUUCACUUCUUGUACUUUUGAGAAAAUAAAAUAUUUUAAUGUCAAAA